UGGUGGUGGAGGCGACUGGUGUUUCUGCUUUGGAUGAUGAUGGUAGCACAGGUACUGGUCAAGAGCUACUCCGGUAACCUUAUGUCAGGUCUGGCCGUGAGACACAUCAAACAGCCAUACCAGACUCUCCGCCACCUGCUGGACGACUCCUCUGCCAUCAUGAUAUGGCUCAGCAACUCACCAAAUGUGGAGUUUUUCCGUACUGUCCAAUUUGGGAUAUACCACGAGGUGUCCGAGGCUGGCUCCAGGGGACGCAUGGAGUACAGCAACACCUACGAAUUCCUGCACAACGCUGCAGCUCUGCUGAGUGACGGGCACCACGCUCUCGUCGGGAAUGAGAUCCUCGUCGACAUGAUCAUCAGCAAAGAGUUUUCUCACACAGGAUCUUGUGACUACUACUCGUCCAGGGAGAGGUUGCUGCCAAACAUCAUGGCUUCUGUAGGACAGAAGAAGAGUCCUCUUGUUCCUGCCUUAAGCAAGAGGAUCUUGACAUUAACGGAAUUUGGGCUGUAUAACCAAUGGCUAAAAGCCAGCAUUCCAAAUUCCACUUCCUGUGCGAACCUUCCCACUAAGAUCACCAUCAGCUCAACGCUCUCCCUCGACAAUCUCAGGGGUAUUUUUGUGGUGCUGGCAUGCGGGCUUGUGUUAAGUGGAGUCUGCUUGUGUGUGGAGGUCACCAGCAGACGUCUCCCACAGUUCUGCAGCUCCCACCGCACAAGUGUAGGCCUCUGAUCAUUGACUUCAACAGUAAUGACCGACCAUCAUUAUAAUCAUUAACACCAGUAUGAUAAUGUUUUUAUUGUAAACGUCUGGAAUUCAGCAACUUA